AUGUCGAACAAUGAAUUAACAAAAUAAGUUUAAAAUUAUGUUUUAGGUAUAAUUAUAAUAAUUUUAGAGAUCGGACACUUGGAAAAGGAACUUUUGGUAAAGUAAAAUUAGGUUAUCAUACAAUUUGUGAUGAAUAUGUAAAAUUGAAUUAGAAUUUGAGGUAGCUGUAAAGAUUUUGGAGAAAAGGAAAAUUGAAAAUGAUGCUGAUUUUAUAAGAGUAUAAAGGGAAAUUGCUAUAUUGCAUAAAGUAGAACAUUAAAAUGUAAUCAAACUCUAUGAGGUAUUUAUGAAAUAUAUUAGUAGAUAAUAGAAUCAGAAACAAAUUUAUAUUUAGUAAUGGAAUAUGCAAAAGGAGGAGAAUUAUUCGAUUAUAUAGUGAAGAAGAAUCAGUAAAGUUAAAUGAUUAAUCAGGUUAUCCGAAUUAGCAGCCACUAAAUAUUUUAUUCAGUUGAUCGAUGCAGUGGAAUAUCUACAUUAAUAGAAGAUUGUCCAUAGAGAUUUAAAACCUGAGAAUUUAUUAUUGGAUGAAUAAAGGAAUUUAAAGGUGGCUGAUUUUGGAUUGAGUAAUAUUUACAAAGAUAACGAUUAAGUUAAAACUGCAUGUGGAUCUCCUUGUUAUGCUGCACCUGAAAUGUUAUGUAUUAAGAUUUAUAUAAGUAGAUGGUAAAAUAUAUGGAGGAUAAAAAAGUGAUAUUUGGAGUUGUGGUAUCAUUUUAUAUGCUAUGCUUUGUGGUUACUUACCAUUUGAACAUGAUAAUACAAAGAAAUUAUAUGAGAUGAUCAAAUAUGAAGAUUAUGAAAAACCAAAAAACAUAUCAUCUAUAGCAUAAGAUCUAUUAAAAUAAUUAUUGACAAAAGAUCCUUCUUUGAGAAUAGGGUUCAAUGAAAUUAAACAGCAUCCAUUCUAUAAGAAAAUGAUUAUCUAACCAUAGUAAGGAUUAUUAAACAAGGAUCAAGUAGUUUUCAAGAAAUUAUCAGAAUUGGGUUAUGACGUCAGUAACUUAAUAGAACAGAUUAAAAAAAAGAAACACAAUUCUUAAACUGCUGCUUAUUGGUUAAUUAUGAAAAAAAUUUCAUCUAAUUAAUAACCUAUUGGAAAAUAGACUACCCAAUAAUCUUAGUAAACUUAAUAAUAAAUAAAAUAAAAUUAAAUUUAAUAAUAAAUUAAAUAAUUACAAAGUUUUACAGGAGGAUAAAAUAGUAAAGAAAAAAUAUAAUAGUAAAGAUAAUUGAGAUAUUCUGUGCCUCAUAAUAAAUAUAGAAUUGAUUAUUCAUAAUUUUAAGAUGUAGAUACUGGAAUCCAAAAUAAACUAAAUAAUAUCUAAAAGUUAAGAAAAUAAACUACUGGCAAUAUUAUUGAUUAUGUGAGAUAAAAAACUUACUCAGUAUAGGAAAAAAAAUAUUGCCAUACUCCAGAAUAGGUUGAUUUAGUUAUAAAAUAACCUAGUAAGAAAAUACAAUUACUUAUGUAAAGAAAAAAGAAUCCUACAGAAUAAAUAGAGAAGUUAGAGCAAACAGAUAAUGGAUUAAAGGAGAAAAUUAAAGAUUAAGCAAAAAAAUCAAGGCAUAAAACUUAACCUCUAAAAAAAAUAAAUGAAAAAAUGGAGAGAUAUUCUAAUAAUUAUCCUCAAUAAUUAAUAAAAUAAAACAGUCCAUAGGAUAGUUUUAUUUCUAAAUAUUAUAAUCGAUUUAUUAGAGUUAGACAUAGCAGCAACCAUGAUAAUACUUUAAAGCAAAUUAAAUAACUUACUCAUAAUUUUAUGUGA